GCUCGCCCUUUGCAGCUGUGCGACUUGAAACCCGAUGACAUCACGCACAGUCGGCGACGUACGGACGGACGAGGCAAAAUGUGAGCGUUUUAACGCCGCUUGAUCAAUGUAGGUGUGGACGCACGAGAAAUCGGCUUCGAGAGUCUUUGAGAGGAGUACGGAAAUCUGCGCCUAACAUCAUGGACGGCUCGGUGGACUAAAAGUUGAUAGAAGCGCACAGAGACCUGAUUUGACGCACUUUCUAACGCGUCCGCUGUUUACCCUCCCAAUCUUUGGAGUGGAUCUUGUCAAAGUUGUCGCCUUUUCUCCGUCAUGUGCGCUCAAGAGACGGAUUCCAGUGCGUAAAAGUUGCCACGGCAACUCUUGCGGGACUUUGAGAAAAAAUUGGCAGGAGAAAAAAAAACUUUUAAGAUGGAUGACAAUGAGAGCGGCAACAUGAGCGUGCUCAAUUGGGAGCAAGUGCAGCGGCUGGAUGCUAUUCUGACGGGCUCCAUCCCUAUCCACGGACGCUGGAGCUUCCCCACGCUGGAGGUUAAGCCGCGGGACAUCGUCAAGGCGGUCCGCAGCCGCAUGGAGCGCUCGCAGAUACGCGUUCGGGAGGUGCGCCUCAAUGGAUCGGCGGCCAGCUACGUGUUGCACGAGGACAGCGGGCUAGGUUGGAACGAUAUAGACCUCAUCUUUUGCGCAGAACUCAAGGGUGAGAAGGAGUUCCAGAUUGUGAAGGAUUUGGUGCUGGACUGUCUUCUGGAUUUAUUGCCAGAAGAAGUGAAUAAGGACAAGAUCACACCACUGACCUUAAAGGAAGCGUACGUGCAAAAGAUGGUGAAGGUGUGCAACGACUCGGAUCGCUGGAGCCUCAUCUCGCUGUACAACAACCGCGGCAAGAAUGUGGAGCUCAAGUUUGUGGACUCUCUGCGGCGGCAGUUUGAGUUCAGCGUGGACUCUUUCCAGAUCCGCUUGGAUUCGCUGCUGCUCUUUUACGAGUGCUCGGAGCACCCGAUGGCAGCCACGUUCCACCCCACUAUCCUCGGCGAGAGCGUCUACGGCGACUUCCCCGUGGCCUUGGACCACCUGCGCAAGCGCCUGAUCUGCACCAGGAGCCCCGAGGAGAUCCGGGGCGGCGGGCUGCUCAAGUACUGCCACCUGUUGGUGCGGGGUUUCCGCGCAGUUUCUGACUCGGAGAUGAAACUCUUGCAGCGCUACAUGUGCUCGCGCUUCUUCAUCGACUUUCCCGACGUGGGUGAUCAAAAGCGUAAGCUAGAGUCCUUCCUGCAGAACCAUUUCGUAGACUUAGAGGACAGGAAGUACGACUACCUGGCCGUGCUAUACAAAGUGGUGCAGGAGAGCACAGUGUGCCUGAUGGGCUACGAGCUGAGCCGGACACUAGGCCUCAUCUCCUCGUUGGCGUGGCGAGCGUUGGCUGAGCGCAAUGCGAUCCCCAACGCCGCCAACGUCACUUGCUUUUACCAACCUGCGCCAUACGUGUCCAACUGCAACUUCAGCAACUACUACGUGGCCCGUGUCCAGCCCCUCUUCACCUGUCCACCCUCGCCACCCCAACACUACAUUCCUCCCACACAGCAUCCCAUGCACACCACUUGGCUGCCCUGUAACUAGAACCUGCACUACGGCCGCCCGCUAGUGGAAUUUCUCUGAAACAUGCAUUGCUUUGUUGUUCCUCUGUGAUCGGAUCUGUUCACAAACCUUUUUCACAAAGUCGCAAAGUACAGACCCACCCAAGUACAGUCUAUUCAUUACAAAGACGCAGCAGCAUUGUUCCUAAAAGUGAAAGUGAUGCCUAGAGAUACAAGUCCCCCCCCCCAGCUUUAUAAAUUCAAUUGAACUCAUUUUAUUCAGUUGAGACUUACACCUUGUCUACUUAUGACAGUAUGACUUUGAAAAAUGCUCACAGGAAAUUCUAAACCUUAUUAAAGUUAUAGAAAAUGGCUUUGUAAAACACUAGGAUGGAUAAAAAAUUAUACAUAAACAAAUAUUCUUUAUCCUUUACAAAAAAUAUUUUUUCUACAAUGUGUGUGUGCGCGUCUUAUGCUAUAGCUUAAUGCUAACAAAGAAUCCAAACCCUAAUUGACAGGCUAACGUUAGCAUCGAUAGUCACGCUUGUUGAAAAAUGGCUAUUCAACAUAUUAAAACAUAAAAAAAACAAAACAACGUAAUUUCUUUAAUUUCUAUAAAGAAAUGACUCAUUCUACAUGGUGGGGGAGGGUCUGACACGACCUCCCUGUCAAAUCCAAUUUAUUAUUAUCAUUACUACUAAUUUCAAGCUUGGAAACUGAAGGGAAAUGGUAUUUUUGCUAACAUGCUAAUUAAUAAUCGUAGACAUUCCAGCUCCUAUUGUUUCAGUACAUAAUAAAAUAAAGAUAUUACAACUAUAGGGUAACCAUCAACAUUAGUGUUUGUAGUUGUAAUAACAAAUCUAUAUAUA